CUUCUUCGUUGGGAAAUAUUGAAGUUGUUAAAAUCUUGAUGAAUGCUAAUGCUAGCGUUGAAAGUUGUAAUAGGGAAAAUGUAACCUCUCUUAUCAUUGCGGCUUAUAAUGGUCAAGCUGAUGCUUCUUAUGAAGGCUACGUUGAACCGCUAAAGUGUUACUAG